CAUUAAUGCCCUCGAGAAUCACUCCCACCUCUCUCUUACUUUGUUCAAAUUGAAAACAAAAUCAUCUCAUCAUCUUCACCAAACCAACCUGGUGGAGUACCCCUACCCACCCCACCACCCCAGAUAGAGACACAGUCUUGCUGCAACUUCUGGUUGCUGAAGAUUUGUGUAUGUAUCAUAUAAAAAGCUUGGAUCUUUAUGUGUUGCAUUAUUGAGUUUCUUUCGAAGUUGUGAUUCGAAAAGAAUGGGUUUUUGUUAAAGCUGUUGAGUUUCUUCAUUGCAUGCAUUUUCAAGAUUGGAUUUUUGUUCAAGAAAUAAAGCAUGGACAGCUUGAGUGUUGAUGGUCUUCUUAAGUUUUUGAGCUUCUUCACGUUCUGCAUUUCUUUCAGUUCUUCACUGAAUCCGGAUGGGUUCUCACUGUUAGCUCUCAAAGCAGCAAUUGUGAAAGAUCCGACCCAAGCUCUGAUUUCUUGGUCUGAUUCAGAUUUAACUCCCUGCAGAUGGGCUGGGAUUAUCUGUGAUCACACUCAUCAGAGAGUCACCUCCAUUUCACUCUCCAGCAAGAAUCUCACCGGCUACAUUCCAUCAGAAAUUGGUGCUCUCUCAUUCCUUAUGUUUCUUGAUAUUUCGCAGAAUUCUUUCAGCGGGGCCUUGCCACACCAUAUCGCCACCCUUCAAAACCUCGUUCAUCUUGAUAUAUCUUCCAAUAACUUCAAUGGUUCACUCCCCGAAAGCCUGAGCAACUUAACCCAUUUGAGAGGGACCCUAAAUCUUUCAUAUAAUGAAUUUUCUGGUGAGAUACCGCCGAGUUUUGGGCAGUUUCCGGUGAUGGUUAGCCUUGACCUCCGGCACAAUAACCUCACCGGUAAAAUACCUCUGGUGGGGUCAUUGUUAAACCAGGGUCCAACUGCAUUUUCAGGGAAUCCUUAUCUCUGUGGGUUUCCAUUAAACAUUCCAUGCACAGAGCCAGAAGCUCAAAAUCCAAGAUUCUUGAACAACCCUCAAAAGCCCGAAAAAGAUGGCGUUUCCUCAAAUGGGAUUCUGGAGAACAGAAAGGUAAAUGGGGGGGCAGUGACAGUUUCUGUGAUUUCCGGGGUUUCUUUUGUGGUUGGGAUAGUCUUUGUUUCAGUGUGGGUGAUGAAGAAGAAAUGGAGGAUGGAGGGGAGUAAAACGGGAAAAGAAAAUUUAAGCGCAGAAGUGAUGGGGAUGGGGAGUGGGGAAGAUCAGCAAAAGGGUAAAUUUGUUGUCAUGGAUGAAGGGUUUAGUUUGGAAUUAGAGGAUUUGUUGAGGGCAUCAGCUUAUGUUGUGGGGAAAAGUAGGAGUGGGAUAGUGUACAAAGUGGUGGUUGGUGGUGGUGGAAAGAGGGUAGGAUCAGGCUCAGUGAGCUGUGGUGGUCCAGUGGUGGUCGCUGUGAGGCGGCUUAGCGAGGGCGAUGCCACGUUGAGGUUUAAGGAGUUUGAGGCUGAGGUGGAAGCCAUUGGCAAGGUGAAACAUCCUAACAUUGUGAGGCUGAGGGCAUACUACUAUGCUACUGAUGAGAAAUUGCUGAUUUCUGAUUUCAUCAGGAAUGGAAGCUUGUACACUGCUUUGCAUGGAGGACCAGGAAACACCUUGCCUCCCCUAUCAUGGGCUGUGAGGCUGAGAAUUGUUCGUGAAACUGCAAGAGCUCUUACACACAUUCAUGAGUGCAGCCCGAGAAGGUACAUCCAUGGAAACAUAAAAUCAUCGAAAAUCCUCCUUGACGACGAGCUAAAACCAUUUAUCUCUGGGUUUGGGCUAUGCCGGCUUGCAACGGCCAUCUCAAAAUCUGCAAAUGCAGCUUCUAGGAAUAAGCAAAAUCUGAAGAACCAAGAGAUUCCGAAAACUUCAGUUUCAUCAUCCAUUAUGUAUGUUGCACCAGAAGUUAGACCUCUAGGUGCCCGGCUCACUCAAAAAUGUGAUGUCUACUCUUUUGGGAUCUUGAUUUUGGAAAUACUUACGGGUCGGGACCCAGAUCUUGGCUCGGAUCAGAAUGAUGGUGAGGGACUCGAGGGCCUCGUGAGGAAGGUGUUCCGAGAAGAAAGACCACUGUCUGAGAUUAUAGAUCCCACUCUAUUACAUGAGGUUCAUGCAAAGAAACAAGUCGUUGCGAUGUUUCAUAUUGCACUAAAUUGCACAGAACUAGAUCCGGAGCUGAGGCCUAAGAUGAGAACCGUUUCUGACAACCUUGAUAGCGUCAGAUUGCAGUGAAGAAGUAUGCAACCUCAAUAUGUAUCUCGUGUAAAGAUGUCUUCUCAUUGUAGGAUCAAGCUUAUGUCAUAGGUGGUUUGAGAUGGGCGUGCGCAAGUAGCUGCUGUAGUUCUGGCUGUCUCUUCCACUGAAAAAUUUCUCAAUUCUUGGAAACAGUUGCAGCCCUCUAUUCUAAAUUUGUGUUUCA